AUAUUUUGUUUUUAUUACAGGUGUCAUAAACAAGAGCAACUAACACUUUGUAUUGGAUAUUCAAAAAAUUUAGAAGUUUAUGAAAGAUUUUUUGAGUUCUAUGAUGUCUCAGAAAACCAAAAUGCUAAUUCCUUAGUUGCUGUUUUGCUUCAUUUCAUAAAUUCUUCAAAUUUGAGUAAUGUCCCUAUUAUUGGACAAUCCUAUGAUGGGGCUGCAAUUAUGUCUGGAUCAGUAGGAGGUGUUCAAACCAAAUUUAGACAAUCCCAUCCUUCAGCAUCUCAAGCUGUUUAUGUCCAUUGCAUGGAUCAUAAGCUUAACUUAGUCAUUGUAGAUAUGUGCAAGCAUUUAAAAGAUGCUAGGAAUGUCUUUAAUGGUCUAGAAGCUUUAGCUUUAUAUGUCCACCUUUCUAAGUCAGCUAAAGACCAUAAAUUGACAAAUAUGCAAAAUAAACUUGGGCUAAAAAACACUAAACUAGAACAACUUAGUGAUACCAGAUGGGUUUGUAGAUUUAAAAGCUGCAAUGCUCUUAUACAAAAUUAUAAAUCUAUUUUAAUGACUUUGGAUGAUGAGAUACUUGAACAAAAAUCAAAAGAUGUGGCACAAGCAAUUGCAUGAAAAUACGAUUUUCCGAUGAAAGUUUACGCCUUGCUACUUCUGCUGAUAGACUAAUGCAAUUUGAUUAUGAAGGAAGCUCAUUCUUGGUUGAACAUUAUAAGG